AUGGACGAACCGGAAUUGGAAUUGAAGAGAAGCAAAAGAAGUUUAAAAGAGGAACCAAAAUCACUAUUUAAAGAACAGUUGGACAUGGCUUCAGCACUUUCAGCCAGUAUUACUUCUUUUAAUAAUGUCAAUAGUGAAAGAACAAAUGAAUUUAUGUUUGAGAAACAUGUAGAAAGAUCAGGGCAGCAAAAUGCUGGAUCAUUCUCUUUUGUCGAAUUGGAACCCCGCUCUUGCAAAUGUUCUACAUUUGAUAUAAUCCAGGAGAAUUUCUUGCGUAAAUUUAAAAUGAAGAAAAAAGACAAUUUACAAUCGGUUACUGAACGCAGAAAUAAGCGCAGAAAUUUUUUUAUGGAUGAUAUCAGUCAGUGUUUCAAUAAGUUGAAGCGGUUGGAACGAUUGAGUGAUGAUCUGUAUCGUUUUAGCUUUACGGUUGGUGAUAUCACUAUAUUUUCUCUUGAAAAUGAAACAAUAACAAUUCAUAAAUUUAUUUUGGCUGCGAGAGCACCAAGUUUAUUGGAGUUAGUUUGCGAUGAUGGCGUUCUUCUUUUACAAGACUUCACCAUUGUUGCUUUAAGAUGUUAUGUCAGAUUCUUAUAUUCUUCAGCCAUUGAAUGGACUGAAAAAGAAAAAAAGGAAAUUUUUGAUCUUGCUAAAAAAUACGGCCCGGAAGGCUUGAAAUCACUCUGCUUACCUAAUUCAUGCAGUUCUGAUUAUGAUCGACAAAUCUCUGAUAUUUAUGCUGUGAAUGAAAAUUCAUCUGCCUAUACAAAUAAGGCCUAUACAAAUGAAAAUUCAUCUGCCUAUACAAAUAAGGCAUCGUCGAUUCCUGUUGAAGAUAAAGAUAAUACCUCGCUUGUCGAUAAUUCUUCGCGGAAGAGCACCAUUCCUUGGCACUAUAAGUCAGAAAUUCAUGGAGAUUUUGAGUUAGAAACAAAACCAGAUAAUGUAAUACGAAGAAGUUCUUCAAACGAAUCAAUCAUUCUGCUUGAUGAUUCUGUCACUGAUAAUCUUUGUGCUCGUAAUCCUAAUAUAUCUUACGAAAAAUUCCACAAUUGUAAUUGUGAAACUAAUUUCCCUUUAGCACCGGUUUCACAAAGUACUAGUUCAAAAAUUUUAGACCACGGUAAAAUUCCUACAAGUGACGAAAAUGAUAUUUUUAUUCUCUCGGAUGGUGAAAAACAUAAUGCAUCAGAUGUUGAUUGUGAGACUGGUUUGCAACUUACGAAACUAAAAGUAUUUACAGAAGAUUCUCAGGAGGAUGGAAUAUCAACUGGCGCCGAAUAUAAAAGUGCAAAAUCUAAGUCUACCUGUUUGGGCUCUUUUUCUCCCAAUUCUGUCAAUGCCUCAUUGGAACUUUUUGCUCAAUCAUCUACAUCUGUAAAGGAAACAAUAAAUCAUCUUUCAAAUGCAGAAGAACUGGAAUCAGUUGAAGAUGAGAUUGAUUUUGAGCAGUUUUGUUCUCGUUCUUGUCGAAUUGACCAAUCUUUUCUUUCAUUGUUUCAAUCCGAGAUGCAGCAUUUUUCAACACCAAUCGAAAAAUCGAAAUCGAUAUCAAGACGUUUAAAAAAAUUAUUAGAUUCUAAUGUGAAAAUUUUGAAAACAUGUAGCAUAACUCCUCAACCAAAAUAUAAUCAAAUGACUGAUACAGAACUCAAGCGUGAACUUGCUAAAUAUGGCGUUCGGCCACUGGGAAGAAAGCCCGCAAUUGCCAUGCUGCAAAGAAUUUAUGAUGGAAUUCACCCAUUAAUUAAUGAAUCAGUGCUUAUAAGGAAAGCAAGUGGACAAAUAAAUGACGAAACAGUUUUUGAAGAAAUAUUGUAUAAAAAUUUAGAUACGGAUGAAAUUGCAGAAGAAUCAUAUAUUGAUGAUUAUAUUGCCAUACUUCCUAAAGAUUUGGACGGAAUGCAAAGAGCUUUUUUAAAUUGGCUUCGUAAUGGGAACAAUAAGGAUCUUUACAACAGUUUGCUUGGACUGAAUCCCAUAUCUUUCGACGAAUUGUGUGGUCAUCUUUCUGGUGCAAAUUCGGUGGUAUCAAAGAUUCCCAAGAAAGCUUUGAUAGAAAUUCUUGAUCGCCUUCAUAUAACUUUUACUUUACCUUCUGAAGGAUGGAAGCGAAAGCGAGGAGGAAAUAAUAAGAAAUAG